AUGACAAAUCACCCUCAGCGACGUUCCGUUUCGACGACGCCCGUCUCCUCCGGCUCAAGCUCUCUUCAAGUGGACCUUUCUCGUCGAUCCAACUCGCCAAGUGCUACUUGCCCCAGUCAGAACAAAGCUUACGGUGCCUGUUCGAGCUGUCGUCGCUCGAAGGUCAAAUGUGAUCACGAUGGAAUGGCUCCCUGCAAACGAUGUCGAAACGGUGGAUAUGAAUGCAUCUUCAAGACGAAAGAGUUAGGAAGCGCCCUCCAGCAGGACGAGUGGCGUGCAAGAACAGACGAGACGCUCACAAAGCUUGUGUCGGUCAUGACCGCUCUUGUCGAACAGGGAGAAACGGUCCCUCAGAAGCGACGAAGAGUAGCUCUUCAAGACUGGUCUGAUGACAACAUAGUUCCAUUCGCUCCGUGCAGGUCCACAGCUGUGACUCCAAGCCGGAUCCAGCAAACCAGAGACGUUCUCCCGUUGCCCUCCAGAGCGACGCCCCACGAUACCUGUCAACUGGGCCCUGUCGCAGGCCACUCCUCAGUGACCGGCACAUUGGCGCCAGUCGCGACUCGUGUAGCCUCGGAGAAUGGCAGCAACCACAGAUACCUCUCAAAUUACGCUACAUCCGGAUAUGCAACGGAGCUACUCCGACAAGGCAAAUGUGCUGCGUCCUCGAGCACCUCCUCGUGCAACGGUACAUACGAUCCCAUCACACUGUCAAAGAAUCACGGCAGCUCAAUGCCACUUCCCAAAAUUUCACUGGACAGAAACAUUGUGUCCCUCCAAAGUCAGCCAAAGCCGGCUCUCCCCUUACGUGCAAGUCGAUAUCGAUACCCUGACGCAAGUCUCGGCAGCAAUGAUCCGCGUCUUGACGCUAUCCGGCUGGGCCUUCUAUCUUCGCAUGAAGCACGUCAUCUGUUCAGCUCGUAUGCAAAGCACAUCGAGCCUUUUGGGUUCGGCUUCCCCGACUUUCCCGCUUCUUCCGAGCUUACGCCUGUACUCCUUUCCGCUAUCACCUCUGUCGCUUCCAUCCUCUCUCCCUCAUCAGAGGUUCGCUCUUGUCAGCCUCGCUUGCAAGCCGAUGUUCUCGAUCGUACCCUACCCUACGCCCCAUCCACCGCCGAAGACGAAUUCAAUCCGGAAUCCGGCAUCGGUACAGAAGAGGUCGUCGGUGCAUGCAUCUGGGCUACCUACAACGGGUCGAUGGAGGCAUGGAAUGUAGCGCGUGCUGCUCGAUGGUGGUCGGAAAAGUAUAGCUACGAAACUGGACCUCACGCCGGCCUGACCGUGGGCGAGAUGGUGGCCAUCCUUCCACCUGUCCGACACGUGUCGAUACAGGAUCGUGUACGCGUGUGGCUGACCGCAUUUUUGACGGAAUUACACCAGAGCGAGAUUCACGGAAAGGAACCGAUCAUGCAGCUGAUCGAUCCGGCGCAGUACGGUCAGGCUUUGAUGGUGGACGAAAGCGGGGGCAGUAUGAGCAAGCAGGAUUCUGCCUUGAUCUUCUAUUCGAGGGUGGCGUACCUGGUUGCGACGGCAAAGAAGCUGAUAAAUGCGGAAGAGAUGGUUGAAGCGACGAGGCAAAUUACUGCUAGCUGGUGUACCACCCGCGCUCUUCUUGCCACGGAUCCAGACAUGAAGGACUCGUACGAUCACAGCAUCGACUUGCACUACAGCCUGGCCAAAGCUAGUGUUCUUAUAGGAGCAUGUCAAAUACUGGAAGAGGGGAUCGCCAAGCACACGACCAGGGCAGCUAUCGACGUGGCGACAAUCGCGUACGUUUCGGCCACACAGCUCUGCCAAAGCGCAUGCAUAGAUGGUUUACGGUGGCUGCUCUCAUCCAAAUCUGGCUUUGUCGGUAGUCUGGCCGCUCUGCCUUCGAUCCAUCAUUUCUGGAUUGCACAAUGCGCCGUCUUUCUGCUGGGGCUUUGCAGGACUGACGGCCUGCACUAUCGACACGGUCUACUGGUUGCCGGCCAUCUGCAAGACAUUCUCGCGACGGUUGGAGGGUUCAUGCAACAGUAUGUAGCUGAACUAUCGGCGUGUAGCACAGUGAUUUUUGUUGGGGAGGGGGUGGGAGGAGAAGGCGUCCACAACGUGGUCAAGCAUCCGGCUCUGGACGCAGCUCUGAGUGUAGCGGAUGUGCUUGCCAGUAUUCAAGCGACUGUCUAA